AUGGCAAUGGCUACCUCCUCGUGGGAACAGAUUCGCGAUGCCAAAAAGGCCGAGCAGGCUGCCCGCAUUCCGGCAGCGUGGAAACUGAAAGAGUUCCCCUCUGAAGAGACACGAGAUUUGCGGUCAUAUGCAAAGACGUCCGGAAUUCUCUCGGGAAGGGAGCUCGAGAUAACGGACGUCGACGCAAGUACGCUCGUCGAGAAGCUUGCCAGUGGGACAUACACCGCCGUCGAGGUUGUGACAGCCUACUGCAAACGUGCCGCCAUCGCCCAGCAGUUGACCAACUGUCUGACUGAGAUAGCCUUUGCAGAAGCAAUCAACACCGCCAAAUCUCUUGAUGAGCACUACAAGGCGAGCGGCAAGGUUGUCGGGCCCCUUCAUGGCCUCCCGAUGACCUUCAAGGAGUGCUUCAAUCUUAAGGGCUACGACUCGAGUAAUGCCUACGUCUCGAAGGCUUUCAGCCCUGUUGACUACGAUGCAUACCUGGUCGAAAUUGUCAAGAAAGCCGGUGCAGUUCCAAUCGCCAAGACCAAUGUUCCACAAACCAUGCUCGUGGCCGAAGCCGAGAACAAUCUCUUCGGCAGGACCAAAAACCCCAUAGUUGCCCAACUCACUUCUGGCGGCUCAAGUGGUGGCGAGGGUGUUGUGGUGGCAUAUCAUGGAAGCGCUAUUGGAAUUGGCACCGAUGUUGGAGGCUCAAUUCGAAUUCCAUCUGCCGCCAACGGCGUCUAUGGCUACAAACCAACAUUCGGAAUUCUUCCAAUGCUCAAGUACGCCAAUUCCACACAUGCCGGGCUUAACACCGGUAUCCCUGCUGUGUGUGGGCCUAUUGCUCGAUCCGUGAAAGACCUGAAACUCCUUACCCAAAUCGUGCGCAACGAGAAGCCUUGGUUGACAGAUCCAUCCAUUAUUCCAUAUGUCUUCGAGCACGGUGUACAGGACAGAAAGCCCAUUGUGGGUGUGAUUUAUCAAUCGGACACCCUAACACCUCACCCUCCCAUUCGCCGCGCGCUCCAUGAGACAGUCGAAAAGCUCAAGGCCGCCGGUCUAGAAGUGAAAGAAUUCAUCCCACCCAGCUUUGCUGCCAUCAACGAAGUCACAAGGCAACUAUUCACGCUGGAUGGCCUCUCAUAUGCCAAGCGUGUCCUAUCAGAGUCUGGGGAGCCCCCCGUAGCCUCUGUACGCUCAAUCGGGUUUUGGGAUUUGCCUGCCAAAACAUCCGAAGAAAACUGGGCUUGGAACGCCAAGAAACAGAAUUUCCAGAAGGAGAUGCUCGACAAGUGGACCACCGCUGGCGUAGACAUUGUACUGUGUCCGGCUGGUGCGCACACUGCUCUGCGCCCAAGAGAAUGGACCAAUGACUCAUACACUGUUACAUGGAAUGCGAUGGACUAUCCCGCGGUCAUUGUGCCUGUGUCCCAUGUGGACCCAGCCAAGGAUCUGAAGGACUCGUUGGAAAAGCCGCUCUCAAUUAUGGAUGUGGAGUUCUACGCUAAAUAUGACCCAGAACUUAUGGCUGGCGCGCCCAUUUCUUUGCAGCUCGUAGGGCCUAGACUAGGGGAUGAGCAGUUGCUGCAAGAUGUUGAGCUGAUCGAUUCGAUAAUAAAGCAGUAG